AUGAGUACGGUGAAACAAGAGACACAUCGACCAGGUGCACUCAAACAAUCUAAUAAACAACACAAAACUGGAAGACAUCGUAGUAAAAGUGCCAUCAAUAACGAUCUCAAAGGUAAACAAAAUGUUAUCGGAAAGUUAUCAAAACGUUUUGAAACCUUGAGAACAAAAAAUCUUGGGAAGGAUGCACGUAGAAAUCAAUUGUUGCAGUUUAGAAAGAAGAAACGCGAGCAAAUAUUGGCACAGAAGAGAAAUUUUGGUGAUAUCCCUUUGGCACCUGUCCUUAUCUGCGUUAUACCAUUGCAGAGUGACACAGAUGUAAAGAAUAUUGUAUCCUUUGUAACUGGAGUGGAUGAAACUGCUAGUGUUGCUACUAGCCCAAGUGGAAUUACGCAUGUUAGUAUACCGAGGCUGAAACAGCGAUUUUCCAUCAUUGUACCACCGAUAGGUGACGUUUUAGCAACGUUGGAUGCAGCCAGAGUCGCUACCACGAUACUCUUUGUAACUUGCGUCACGAGUGAAGCCAAUGAUCGUACACAAAGAAACGUUAUAGAUGCAUGGGGCAAGGAAAUUAUUGCGUCUUGCCUCGCUCAAGGUUUACCAUCUACUAUAGUUGCGGUGCACAAUAUUCAGAUACUUCAUAUUAAAAAACGUCAGGAAUAUAAACAGUUUGUGCAACGCACAAUUUCAAAAUGGCUUCACGAAGAGAAAGUGAUUGAAUUGGAUACUGCAAACGAUUGCUUAAAUAUGUUACGCCGUGCUGGAUCUCAAAAGCAUAAAAGUUUGUUUUACAAAGACAUAAGACCGCACCUUUUGGCUGAGGAAGUCUCCUUUAAAUGUGACGAGAAUUCUCCGGACUUUGGAACUCUCAUGGUCAGUGGAUAUUUACGAGGUACAACACCAUUAUCCGUCAACGAUUUGGUUCAUAUACCAGGUUUUGGAAACUUUCCAAUGUCGUGCAUCAAAUUGCCGGAAGAUCCAUAUUUAAUUGAACACGAGCGAAAGAGAUAUUUUUCUGACGAUAAAACAAAAAUGGAACGAAGAAGUUGUGAAACCGUGAUUCUUGCAGAUCCAGAAAAACAGGAAUCUCUUGAAAGCGAAUAUAUUCCUGAUCCAAUGGAUGCUGAACAAACGUGGCCUACGAAAGAGGAAUUGGCUGAAGCAGCAGCUAAUAGAAAUCGAAAAAUUGUGAAAGUUGUACCAAAAGGAACUUCCGAGUAUCAAGCUGCAUGGAUACCGGAUGAAGAUGGAGAGAGUGUAUGUUCGGAGAAUGAAUCGGAGAACGAUAUGUCUGUGGAGGAGGCGAGAUCUGAAGCAGCCAGUAGUGAAAACUGGCAAGACGACGAACAAUAUGAAACCAUUACGAUAUCGGAAGCACCAUUGGAUGAGGAGCGUUACGAUCAAGAUAUCGAUAUGUUUGAAGAAAAGCAAGCCAUGGAAAACUUCAAAGAAGCAAAAUUGGACGCGCAAUUUCCCGAUGAAAUGGAUACACCUCGGAACAUUUUAGCUAAAAUGAGAUUUCAAAAAUAUCGAGGUCUCGAAUCGUUCCGUACUAGUCCAUGGGAUCCAAAGGAAAAUCUUCCCCUUGAUUAUUCUCGGAUAAUUGAAUUCGCCGAUUACGAUCGCAGGCGAAAACGUAUUUAUAAAGAAUGUAAAAGUACCGAUGGUGACGUCAUGCCAGGGUGUUACAUACAAGUUUGUAUCGCUCGUGUCAACAGAGAAACUUUCAAGGCAUUUGCUAUGGUAGAAAAUAAACCGUUAAUUGUAGUUUCUUUACUUCCAUACGAACAUAAAAUGUCACUAUUGAACGUUGUGUUGAAACAUUCGAGUAAUUACACGCAGCCAAUCAAAUCGAAGGAAAGAUUGAUAUUUCAAUGUGGAUUUCGACGAUUUACGUCGUGUCCAAUAUUCAGUCAGCAUACGAAUGGUGUUAAGCAUAAGUACGAGAGGUACUUUCAUCCCGACAGUACUGUUGUGGCGAGUAUGUAUGCACCCGUUACUUUUUCACCAUGUCCAGUUCUUUGUUACGUCGAGAGUAAAAAUGGCAAACUCGAAUUAAUUGCAACUGGUAGUGUGCUAUCUUGUAAUCCCAACAGAAUUGUUCUAAAACGAGUCAUUCUGAGUGGUCAUCCAUAUAAAGUAAAUAAGAGAUCAGUGGUAGUGCGUUUCAUGUUCUUUCAUCGCGAGGAUAUCGAAUGGUUCAAACCAAUCCAAUUGAGGACGAAAUAUGGACGUAGAGGUCACAUAAAGGAACCUCUUGGUACGCACGGACACAUGAAGUGCAUCUUCAAUGGUCAGCUCAAGUCUCAAGAUACAGUGUUGAUGAAUUUGUACAAACGAGUUUUUCCAAAAUGGACUUUUGAAUCUAUCAACUAAUACAAAUAAAAAUUAUCUAAUCUUGUCGA